AUGCAGCCGCCCGCGCUGCCGGUGCCCGGGCCCCUGGCCCUGCUGGACACGACAGAAGGGUUUGGGAGAAGAAAGAAGACUUCCCUUUGGUUUGUGGGGUCUCUGCUUGUGGUGUCUGUCUUCAUCCUGACCAUCGGCCUCGCUGCCACCACCAGGACGGAGAAUGUGACCGUGGGGGGCUACUACCCAGGGAUCAUUCUGGGCUUCGGGUCUUUCUUAGGAAUUAUUGGCAUCAACCUGGUGGAGAAUCGAAGGCAAAUGCUGGUGGCAGCCAUUGUGUUUAUCAGCUUCGGCGUGGUGGCCGCCUUCUGCUGUGCCAUCGUGGACGGCGUGUUUGCCGCUCGGCACAUAGAGACAAGACCCCUCACCACGGGAAGAUGCCAGUUUUACUCCAGUGGGGUGGGAUACUUGCCCGACGUCUACCAGACGGAGGUCACCUGUCACUCCCUCAAUGGCAAGUGCCAGCUGAAGGUGAAGAGCAACACCUGCUAUUGCUGUGACCUCUACAAUUGCCAAAGCACCGAGUACUCUCCCACCUACUACGAGUUCGUGGGCGUGAGCGGCUGUCAGGAUGUGCUCCACCUUUACCGGCUGCUCUGGGCCUCGACAGUGCUCAAUGUCCUGGGCCUGUUCCUGGGCAUCGUCACAGCCGCGGUCCUGGGGGCCUUCAAGGACAUGGUCCCUCUGUCCCAGCUGGCCUACAGACCCUCUGCUCCACCUCAGAUCCUCUACAACCCUGCCCAGCAGAUCCUGGCCUACUCCGGCUUCUGCCCGGCACCGGCGACCCUCCCCACCUGCUCGUCCUACCCUCUGCCUCUCCAGCCGUCCAGCAGCUUCCCAGCCUCGUCCUCCACUGACCUCUCUCUGUCUGAGGACACGCAGCCUCCGUCCCAGUCCAGCUCCAGCUUCGGGCUCCCGCCCAACGCCCCGCCUCUCUAUGCUCCAGCCCCUUUCCUCCCUGGGGAGAAGCCUCCCCCCUACGCACCAUGA